GCUCGUGUAGUUCCCUUUGGAGUAAUCUAUUUAUAGAGAUAGGGUAAAUGCAAGCGAAUGUGGAAUUAUAUUGCACAUUCGUUCGAGAAGUAGCCCUACAUGUCGAUGUAAUUCAUGGGAUGUUUCUAAGAGUGCAAUUUAUAUAGUGAAUGCUAUUUUGACCUUUUAGGGAGAAGGAAUCGCAUCUCACUCGGGGACCUGCUUGCGCUAAUGUAAAGCGGUGCGAGACCGACGGCUCCAAAGCAGUGACGAAAACCUCCACCUCCCUUUGAAACCACGAGCCGUUGCCAGGUACAUAUGGGCCACAGGGAGGAACCAGCAUCACGGUCAGCCAUGGAAGGGGACUGCCUCAGCUGCAUGAAGUACCUCAUGUUCAUUUUCAACUUCUUCAUCUUUCUGGGUGGGUCCUUCCUGCUGGGAGUGGGUCUGUGGGUGCUGCUGGACCCCAUGGGCUUUAGGGAGAUUGUGGCAGCCAACCCCCUGCUGUUCACGGGGGUCUACAUCAUCCUGGCCCUGGGGGGCCUGCUCUUCCUGCUUGGCUUCCUGGGCUGCUGCGGGGCCAUCCGGGAGAACAAAUGUCUGCUGCUCUUUUUCUUCAUGCUCAUCCUUUUCAUCUUCCUGACUGAGCUAGCAGCGGCCAUUUUGGCCUUCCUCUUCCGAGAGCAUUUGACCAGAGAGUACUUCACCAGGGAGCUGAAGCGUCACUAUCAAGGCCACAACAACACAGAUGUGUUCACUUCCACGUGGAACGCCAUCAUGACCACGUUUGACUGCUGUGGCGUAAGCAGCCCAGAAGACUUUGAGGAGAGUCUCUUCAGGCUCAUCAGCCCCAGGAAGGCGGUGCCCGAGGCCUGUUGUCAGAGGAACCGUUUCCUUGGAGACAUGGAGCACGUGAGCCUGGAGCAGUGCUUGAGCGGCACCAUGGCCUUCCGACACAACAAGGGUUGUUACUCAGCCGUGGUGGACUACUUUGAGACUUACAUCUACAUGGCGGGUGCCCUGGCCAUUGUGGUGCUGACUAUUGAACUAUUUGCCAUGGUGUUCGCCAUGUGUCUGUUCCGAGGAAUCGAGUAACCAGUGUGUGCUGGACAACCACCAGGAGCAGCAUCAAAGCACACCAGAGCAGCACAAUGGGCAGAAUGCAGGACAUAAACAUGUACAAAGAAAUACAAGCAGAUGAAGUGUAUUUAAACACUGUUCAUUUUAUUAUGAUGGUCUUGCACUGUAGUUAGCCCCAUGUGGAUCUGAACUUCACAGCUGAGGUACUGCUUCAAAAGCACAAUUGAAAAAAUUAAACAUAAUUACUGAACCAGUUAUGUUCAGUAUGAUGAUCAUUUUUUUCUUGUUCAGGACGGUCAACCCAAUGAAAUGGUCUAAGCAUCCGCAAUAAAGCCACCACAAUGUUCAACUUCUCCUUGUCCGCCAUGUGAACCUGUACUGUUGCGGUUGCUUUUGCUUUGACUUGCAGGAUCCAUCCUUGUGAUUCUAAUCAUUUGUCUGUCACAUACUUUGCUAAGGCACUGUGUUAAAUAACAGCCGCAUUACACAAAUCGGCCCUGAUGUUGCUCAACAUAGACAGUCCAGCGAAAGGUGAGCUGAGCACCUGUCUGUCAGAAAUAGAAAAGAAAGACCAAGCUGGAGAACCUUUUUAUUUUCCUAGGGUAUGUUGGCAAUAAGAUGGAGCUCUAAUUGUAUCUCACCUCUCUGAGAGAAGUCAAGUUGUUAAGAGACCAAACUCUUCCCUCUCUGUCGUUCCACUUAUCCAAGUCAAUAGGUCAGGAUAGUAAAACAAUGUUUAAUUAUUACAAAAUGUAAUGUUCAGUAUUGAAGAAUGAAAUGGGGCACCUGUGAAUGUAUGCAUCUAAAGAGAGAGAGAUGUGUGUGUGGUGUGUGCAUUACUGUGUGAGAUGCCUGUGUGUGUGUGUGUGUGUGUGUGUGUGUGUGUGUGUGUGUGUGUGUGUGUGUGUGUGUGUGUGUGUGUGUGUGUGUGUGUGUGUGUGUGUGUGUGUGUGUGUGUGUGUGUGUGUACACAGUUGAAAGUAUGUAAAUACAAGCAUUCUGAGGAUUGUGCCAGUGUACAGUGUGUUAUUUAGUAUUGUGUGUUGUGAUGUAAAUGUUUCUUGACAGUUGUUGUAUACUGAUAGUUUUUAGCUCAAACUAAAUACUUCUGUACAUGUUUACCAAGGUUACAUUUGUAAAUGGCACUGAUU